CCUUUUUUCUAUUUUCUUUUCUCCCCCCAACAACCCCUCUCUAACAUGGCCGAACAACAAUCUGCUGUCAUUGACGAAAUCAAGAAGAACAUUGAAAACUUACAACUUAAGUUUGAAGCUCUUGAAAAGAAAGUGCAAACUGGUCUUCCCAAAGAACAACUUCGUUCUAUCUUGAUUGGUGCUCCAGGUUCCGGAAAAGGAAGCAACGCUAUUGGUAUCAAGGAAAAGUAUUGUGCUUGUCACUUGGCUACUGGUGAUAUGCUUCGUGCCGCUGUUGCUGCUAAGACCCCUCUUGGUUUGGAAGCAAAGAAAGUGAUGGAUGCUGGUGGUCUCGUUUCUGAUGAAAUUGUUGUUGGUAUGAUUCAAGAAAACUUGGAUAAUAAUCCUGAAUGCAAGAAUGGUUUCAUUCUUGACGGUUUUCCUCGUACUGUGACUCAAGCUGAAAAGUUAGAUGAUAUGCUUGAAUCUAGAAACAAGCCUUUGAACUCUGUGAUUGAAAUGAUUAUUGAUGAUAGUCUUCUCGUUUCUCGUAUUACUGGUCGUUUGAUUCAUCCUGGUUCUGGUAGAAGUUAUCACAAGGAAUUCAACCCUCCCAAGAAGGAUAUGAUCGAUGAUGUUACUGGUGAACCUCUCAUUCAACGCUCUGAUGACAAUGCUGAAACUUUGAAGAAACGUUUGGCUACUUACCAUCAACAAACUGCUCCUGUUGUUGACUAUUACAAGAAGAAGGGUAUCUGGUAUGGUAUUGAUGCUGCUCAAUCCAUGAAAUCCGUUUGGUUGUCUAUCAACGCUGUCUUUGACAAAACUCUUUAGAUUUAUUAUGUGUAUAGUUUUUGUUUUCUUUUUUAUUUGAUAAUAAAUAUAUUAUAAAAAACCAGCAUAUAUUUAAAUGCUGAUUUGUACAAAUUA